AUGGCGUCCGAUCUACCUCUUUCAUCGACUACCACUUCCGAACUUCCUCAACCCACUGAAAUUCCCGGAGGGUCAAGUUCGCCUGAUGAUGUCCGACGUCAAGUAGAGCAAGAACAGGCUCUUGCUGAUGCUCAGAGAAAAGUUAGACAGCUGGAGGAAGAAGUGGAAAAGGUGAAGAGAGAGAAGAAGGAUUUAGAAAGUGAUAAAGAUGGUGCUGUAUCCACAACGAAUCAAUUGCGAACCCAGCUUUCGGCACUCCAAUCAUCUCACCAUAAAUCGACUUCAGAAUUAUCGGUUCUUCAAACUAGGAUAGAUGCUAUUGAGAGAGAGAAGAAGGAGCUCUUUGAAGAGACAGAGAGAUUACAACAACGGUCGAAUAAAAACACUCAGGAAUUAUACUCUCUUCGUACUCAGAAAUCCGAAUCCUCCCAGAAGAUUGCUCAUCUUGACGUCGAGGUCUCUGAAUUACGAAUGACAACAGAGACUGCAAAAUUCAACGAGAAACGAAGUUCCCAAGCUCUCGACAGUGCUAGAGCUGAAAUUCUGAAUCUGAGUAAAGCUGUUGCCGAUGUAGAGGAAAGGUUUGGUCGAUAUCGAGCUGAAAAGCAAGCGGAACAAUCACAAAGUCGAUCAGAACAUGAAACACUCCUUACCCAAUUGAGCACCAUCGAAAACUCCUAUCGUUCGCUCCAAAGAACAUAUAAUGACCAAUCUCAAAGACUUUCUGAAGCGCAUGCCAAUAUUGCUACUCUCACUUCUGCAGCUGCUGCCAAAAAGGCAUCGGUAUCUAUGGAAUUCCAUCAAUUGAUGGAGGAGAAUCGAAUAUUGGAAAAGCGAGGCGAAGAAGCUAGGUCAACCGUAGCUGAACGAGAAGCAGAGCUUGAGAGAAUGGCAGAAUCAUAUGGAGAGAAAGAGAAGAACUGGGAAGAAAAGUGGAAGAAGGAAGAAAGAACGAGAAGAGUAGCAGAGAAAAGGGCAGAAGACCUAAAAGUGGUAGUAGAACGACUCGCUCUUGCUGGAGGAGAAGGAACGGAUAUCAGUCCCGCUGCUGCUCUUGCGGGUGGCAUGAAAGCCAGCGGAAAAACAUACACCCAAUUCUACACUGAUUAUACUAUCCAAGAAGGCAAGUUGAGGGCUGCGGAGAAUGAAGUUGCCAGAUUGACUGGACUUUUGGAUGAGAUUGGACAAGAUAUCGCUGAGAAGAAACCUCUACUUGACGAGCAGGCUGCUGAGCAUGGUCGAGCCAUUGAGAGGGCGAAUGCUCUUGCCGCCGAACUUGCUUCUGUCAUUACCACACGAGAUGCACAUGACACUCAAAUCAAAUCCCUCAAUGCCUCCUCCAUUCAUCACCAAGAAGAAGUCACCUCGCUCCAGACUACCGUUGAUGAUCUUUCCCGUCAAGUCCAAGGACUACUUCGACAGAUAGCACUUCGAGAUGAUCCUUCCCUUGCGGGAGUUUCGAUGGAUGGCAAUUCUACUGUAGAAGGUGAUAUCAUCACUGAACAUUUACUAGAAUUCCGAUCCAUUCGAUCACUGCAAGAGCAAAAUCAGAAACUUCUCAAACUCACCAGAACCCUCAUGUCAAAAUUGGAUCAGAGAGAAAUCAAUAAAGCUUCAGCCGCUCAAGAUGAUUUGGACACAGGAGCUACACUUGAUCAAGCGACAGAAACAAUAAAUAAAUUACAUACUCAACUGCUGGAUGCUCAGAAAAAGAUCAACGAAGCUACUAGAGAAAGAGAUCUCUUCAGUAAAUUACUUGCCAGAGGAGAAGGAUUGAAAUGGUCGCAGCAAACUUCAAGUGGACCUUUCGAGGAUGGGGAAGCACCUCAUCAACAGACCAUCAACACUCUCCAAGCUGAAUUGGAUGUUGUCAAGAAUAGAGCUGACGUGGAAAUCAAGGAAGUCAAAGAGGAUAUCAGAGUAAAAGCUGAACAAGUCGGUGUGGCUGAAGUAGAAAGAGCAAAAGCUGAAGCGAAGGUUGGAUUACUUGAAGAACAAUCUCGGAUGCUCAAUGACGCAAACAAUCUGCAAAAACAGGAGUACAGCAAUCUCGAAAUUCAAUAUAGGCAAUUACAAGGCGCAAUCUCCCAGGCUCAUAAUGAGCAGAGAAGCGCUCUUGAGCAAGUCGCUACUCGUCAAGCGGAGGCCGAUAGGUUGAGGAAUGAGACGGCAAUGCUCAGAGCUGAGAAAGAGCAAUGGAAGAGUACUGAAGCCCGAUUACAAUCUGACUUCGCACAAGUGCAAUCAGAGCGAGUCAAACUGCAACAGCUCAUUGAUAACCUCAAGAAUGUCGCCGGUGAAGCUGAACAAAGCCGAGUCGAGGAGAGAAGUCAACUUGAGAAGAGAAUCGAGGAACUGCAACGCGAAGCUACUGCCCUUCGAGGACAGAUUGAGCAGGCUCGUUCUGCCACCCAAGCCGCUGAGGCUAAAGUGGCAGAUUUCGAUUCCAGACUUGAAGCAGCUACUUCAGCAGUCCGAGCAGAGAAACAAGCUUCUGAUGCACUGGCUGACACCAGAUCCGAAGAAAUCAAGACGCUUCAAGGUGAAGUUGAGAAACUCAAGUCUGAAUCUGAUAGUAGAUACAGAAUUGGUAUCAACUGGAAACGAAGAGCCGAUGCUCUCACCGAGAGUCAAACUAAUACCACACAAUCACAUACAGAAGCUAUCGCUGCGAAGGAUAAGGAAAUACAAGAUGUCAACGAGAAAAUCGAAGGUCUGAACAAGGAAAUCGAAGGUCACAAAGUCAAAAUUACUGAUAUCGAGAAAAAAUUAGUGGAGAGUGAGAGAGUCAAUGCAUUGAAGGAGAAUACUGUACAGAGAUUACAAUCAGAGCUUAACAAGGCACAGAGUGGUGCUGCUGUACCUGCGGCAGGUGACAAAUCCGCCGAACUGGCAACGUUGCAACAGAAGCUUGAAGAAACUCAGAAGGAACUCGAAACUGCUAAAACCCAAGCUGCUACCACCGUACCUGCGUCUGCUCCCCCGGCCACCACAUCUACCGACGGAGGUGCAUUGACUGAGGCCGAGAGAACAGAGCUGAACGCUAAAGUUGAGCAAUUGCAAAAGGAGAAGGAUGAUGGCGAUCAGCGAUACGCCGAUAACGUUACUCGAGUCAACCGAGUCAAUGCUUCUCUCAAAUCCAGAGUGGAUCAGUUGACAGCUGAAAGGCAAACCGCCCAAAAUAACGUCGACACACUACAAGCCAAAGUCACUGAGCUCGAAAAGAAGAUUUCAGAUCUCGAAUCUGCUGGAGCUACUAUCGCUACUGGUGGAGAAGGUACAACGGAUCAAGCAAAGAUUGACCAAGCAGUCAAAGCAGCUGUAACAGCCAGAGAAGCCGAACUCAACGCUGAACACUCCAAGUCGAUGGCUGCAGUCUCCAAUGGUUCUCCUCAACCCGACGCUUCAGCUCUACAAGCUAAAGAAGCAGAACUGAAUGCUUCGUUCGAAACCAAAGUCUCUGAAGCUGUCAAAUCUCAAUCGACAACAUUGCAAGCUGAAUCUUCAAGAUUGAAAGGACAAGUGGAAGAGUUGACGACAAAAGUCAAAGCAUUAGAGAGACAAGUCAAAACUGCUGAAAUUAGUAGGAAAACUUUGGAAAGACAAAAAGCUGAAGUUGAAAAGAAAUUAGAAGCUGCUAACGGUGGUCCAUCCAAGACUCCCAAUACAACUACCACAACUGCAGUUGUAAGCCCUAUCCCAGGUGGUGCGUUAUCAGCGACUGCUGGCACGUUCAAUCCAGCUACCGCGACAUCUGUAUUCCCUAUACCGACUCCCCCAACCGCGACACCAGCAAGUACCACGGCUCAUGGCAAUGCACCAGUACCAAUCACAACUGGAGAGACUGGAGCUGCACCUGUAGCAGGUGGUCCAGCUGUAAGAGGUGCACCCAAAGGAAAAGCGAAAGGUGUAGUCAGAGGUAUAACAAGAGGUGGAGCGGCUACAAGGGGAAAUUCGAUUCUUAGCACUGUGAAUGCGACCCUGAAUCAAGCAAGUACGGCCACUGUUCCCGCCGCUACUACUGCAUCUGCCGGGCCUGCGAGUAGUGCGAACCCCACUUCACCUACUAGUGGCACGAAAAGACCAUUAGAAGAAGGAGAAGUGACUCAAGAAGGAGAUACAGCUACUCAGGGAGAUAUAAUAGCUCGCAUACAAGGAGGGGCAGCUGCAGGAGCGGGUGGAGAACGUGGGAGAGUGUUGAAGAGACCUAGAGCAGCUAAAGGCGCCAGAGCUGGAAGAAGGAGUAGUGCCGGUGGUUCAGCAGGAGGAGAAGGUGGAUCCUCUCAGGGAGGCGAAGGUGGUGCCCCGACAAGUUGA